CCAAGAGAAUCUCAGAGGAGCACAACCAGAGAAAACACACAGGCGUGCGCACACACAGAGCGUGCAGGAGGCGCGCUCGUGUCAGAGCUGAAGUGCAGUGAGGAGGAGGAGGGAGACAGCCAGAGAGACACUUUCUUGGGAAUUAAUAACACAGGCAGGAGAAGGGGCAGGUGCACACAGGUGAAUACCUGGACCAUGAAGGUGGCCUUCAGAUUGCUUCUCCCGCUCAUCCUCUUGCUGAUCUUUGAGGUGAACGGGCAGCGGAAGAAGCCUCCACGGAAGCCUACUCGCCGGCCACCCGAGCCAGUUGAGCCCACAGAGUUGCCUCCGCCCCUGCCACCGGGCCCCCCCUCCGUCUUCCCAGACUGCCCCAGAGAAUGUUUCUGCCCCCCAGAUUUCCCCUCCGCCCUUUACUGUGAUAGCCGCAACCUGAGGAAGGUGCCCAUCAUCCCCUCCCGGAUCCACUAUCUCUACCUGCAGAACAACUUCAUCGAGGACCUCCCGGAAGAGUCCUUUAAGAAUGCCACAGAACUGAAGUGGGUCAACCUGGACAACAACCGCAUCAAGAAGGUGGACAAGCGGGUCUUGGAGAAACUGGACAAUCUGGUCUUCCUUUACAUGGAGAAGAACAAGCUCCGGGAGGUGCCUAACUUCCUGCCCCCCAACCUGGAGCAGCUGCGCCUGAGCAGGAACCACAUCUCCAAGAUCCCCUCCGGGGUCUUCAACAAGCUGCAGAACCUGGUGCUUCUUGACCUCCACAAGAAUGAACUGGACGACAUGGACUUCAACAAGAACACGUUCAAGGGCCUGAAGAACCUCAUGCAGCUCAACCUUGCCCAUAACACCCUGCGGAAGUUGCCCCCUGGGGUGCCCAGUGCCAUCCACCAGCUCUUCCUAGACAGGAACUUCAUUGAGGACAUCCCCAGCGAGUAUUUCAAGAGCUUCCCCAACCUGGCUUUCCUCAGGCUCAACUACAACAAGAUUACUGACAAAGGGCUGCAUAAGAAUUGCUUCAACCUCACCAACCUCCUGGUGCUGCACCUGGCGUACAACAACCUCACGAGUGUCCCCUUCAUCAGCUCCAAACUGGAGCACCUCUACCUAAAUAACAACUCUAUUGAAAAAAUCAACGGGACCCAGAUCUGCCCCACUGCCAUGGUUACCUUCCAAGACUAUCCCUCCUCUGAGAUGGAAAACGUGCCCCGGCUCCGCUACCUGCGCCUGGAUGGCAACCGGCUGAAGCCGCCCAUCCCCCUGGACCUGAUGCUGUGCUUCCGGCUCCUGCAGGCCGUCGUGGUCUAAUCCCUUGGCAGCACCACUCUCCCAGGACUUUGGCUUUGCACAGAGACUUGACUCCAGUCUACGUUAGACAUUUGGAAACUAUCUUGUCUCUCAUUCCCUCCACCCCACUCACCCCUCAAUGCCCUUCCUUCACUUCCUCCCACCUCCUUCUUCCUUCCUUGACUGCAGUGAGCCCCAUGGUAAGUGUGGCCCAGGGCCACGAUGUGGGAGUCGCAGGGGUCUCUUAGAUGCACUUCCUAUCAGAUACCCACAGCACCCACUAGAUGGCAAUAGGCCACAAUAAGCAUCCAAGGCCUGAGCAUGACAUUUGCCCUGCCAGUCCUAUUGAGUCAGAGAAGGAUUCACCCUUCUUACACCCAGCAGGACGCUUCCUUUCCCUCCCAGGUUCGUAUGGGGACAGCCAACUUCCAGCCUUAGGGACCAUCUCCAGGUGGUCCCGAUGGGACCAUUGCCCUGAAUCAAGGCCCACAGGUCUAUGCAGGUCUAACAGCAUCUUCCCCCAACUCCACGCCAGCUCAUAGUUGUUCAUGAGCUUGACUUUCAUCCUCACUGAGAGCACCCAGCAUGAAGGCUUGGCAAGCAAGAUUACUCGGGAGCUGUAUGACGGGUGGGUGAGGUAGAGGGCCCAGAACUGGACAGUGAUUGUGAGGCAAUUCUAGCAGCUUUAUGAGACAAAGCCUCUGCUUUCCAAAGCAGCAACAACCAGCAGAGACCUCAAGUUGCCUUUUAAAGUGUGAACUACUGUCCAGUCCAACCAGGCACAGAGAUCCACAUCUGGUGCUUCUCUUCCAAGGGCACAGAGCACCCUUCAAUCAGAUCAGGUUCUGCAUCAGGCCAAGUCCUCUCUUGUUCUGUCCUGGCAUGGCGAGCACAAUGCUUGGGCAUGUCCAAGGGAAGCCCCAUAGGUUGACUCAAUCACUUGUGCCUAUGGGUUGGGUUCAUCCACCUCCUUCCUGCUAGAGAGCCAGGAUGCAGUCUCAGUGAGGUUCUCCAAGGAGCUGAGGAUUCUGGGUGCAGCUACUCUCUAAGGUAGGGCAGGUGCGCAGAGCCUAACACACCUUCCUGCACAUACAGGAGGAAAAGCAUCACCAACAAGCAGGUUCCUCUGCCGCCUGCCAUCUUCUUACUGCAUCUACUUGCAACACAGCUGGGGGGUACACAGUACAUAUCCAGAUGUGCACAGUACACAUCUGGAAUACUGUGUUCAGUUCUGGGCCUCCCGCUACAGAAAAGAUGUAGACGAAUUGGAGAGAGUCCAGCAGAGGGCAACAAAAAUGGUUCAGGGGCUGGGGAACAUGACUUGUGAGGAAAG